GGCAUAAAGGAUGUUUCCAUUGUGAGGUUUGCAAAAUGGCUCUAAACAUGAACAACUACAAAGGAUAUGAAAAGAAACCUUAUUGCAAUGCACACUAUCCAAAGCAAUCCUUCACUACAGUGGCUGAUACGCCUGAAAACCUUCGCCUAAAGCAACAGAGUGAAUUGCAAAGUCAGGUCAAAUACAAAAGAGACUUUGAAGAAAGCAAAGGAAGAGGAUUCAGCAUUGUGACUGAUACACCUGAAUUACAAAGACUGAAAAGGACUCAGGAACAAAUCAGUAAUUUGUUCUUUGACUUUUCCCUGCCAAGUACCAGACACUUCCCAAAGAUUCUCUUUGAAACAAAAGUGCAACAACUUCAGUGA